AUGUUGGAGGGGUCGCUGGGCAGGAACUUCUCCCACAGCACCUUUGUGUUCAGAGGUUUCCCAGAGCUGCAGAAAUAUCGCCAGCUGCUGGCGCUGCCCUUUUCUGUCUCCUACUUGUCAGUGCUGCUGGGAAACUCUCUGCUGGUUCACGUCAUCCGCCGUGUGGAGAGUCUUCACAGCCCCAUGUACCUCCUCAUCUGCACACUCUGCAUCGUCGACAUCCUCGUAGUGACCGCCAUCAUCCCGAACAUGCUCCUCAGCCUCCUGUUCGACUGGGAUGAGAUCUCAUUGGCCGGCUGCUUGACUCAGAUGUUCUUCACUCACUUCCUGUCGUCAGUGGAGUCAACACUGCUGCUGGCAAUGGCGCUGGACCGCUACGUGGCCAUCUGCCAGCCACUACGCUACGCCGAAAUCAUCGACUCCUCCAUGUUCGUGAGGCUGCUGGUCUUCACUCUGGUACGCAGCGUGUCCAUCAUGGCAACGCUGGUCGGUUUGGCAGGUUCGCUGUGGUUCUGCAACUCCAAUGUGAUCCGGCACUGCUACUGCGACCACAUGGCCCUGGUCAGCCUGGCAUGUGACAGCACUGAGAAGAACAGUGCAGCAGGCCUCGCCGUGAUCAUCUGCUUUGUGGGCAUGGACAUAUCGCUCAUCUUCCUCUCCUACAUGAAGAUCCUGAGCGUCGUCUUGCGAGCAGCAGUGGCAGGUGAGGACCGCUGGAAGGCGUUUCACACCUGCGGCACUCACCUGAUCGUCAUGAUGUGUUUUUACUUGGUGGGCAGCAUCACCUUCCUCUCUCAUAACCUGAACAUCCCAAUACCGACGGAUGUCAACACCUUCAUGGGACUCAUGUACAUUCUGUUGCCAGCGACCGUCAACCCCAUCAUCUACGGUGUUCGGACUAAAGAAAUUCGAAACGGUUUUUUUAGGAUUUUUAAACUGAGAGCAAAGAAAAUAAUGUCGAUAAAGGUUUCUCCCUCUGGAAAAGGACAAAUGUGA